AUGGUGGGCUCAAACUCAAAUCAACAUAGGAGAAGAAGAAGCUUCAACAAACCAUCCUGGCUUCUCUGUACCAUUGCUGAUUUGGACGAGCGGGUGAAGACGCUGACUAGGAAGAAAACUCGUAAGGAAAACAGUCCCGACAGCUUUGCGGGCAGAGCCAACUCUUACUACCAUGAGCGCCCUCAGCUUCUUGAACUACUUAAUGACCUGUACAACAGUUACCUCUCUUUAGCCGACCGUUAUUGCCAAGCACUAGCCACGAAGCAACACCGUGAUAGCCGAUGCUCGUCCCCACUCCCGAAUCUGAAAAUCGACCAAAAUAUUCAACCCGAUGAAGGAGACCCUGGAGAAGUCAUCGACUCUCCAAAUGCCGAGAGUUCACUAUCUUUCCAGUCCCCAGUGGCUGUUGUACCACAAGCAAGUGAAAAAAUGAAUGCUGAUAUGAUCUUUGCAGACCUAGUUAUGAAGAUGGUCGAGUACGAUAUAGUUCUGAACGAGCUCAAUGUGGUGGAGACGAGGUGGGGCGAGUCAUCGAGAAAAAUGGAGCUCCAGAAGAAUUUGUUGGACGUGCUCGAGUCAGAAAGGCUCAUCUUACUGAAUGAUAACGCGACCUUGGGGUAUAGAGUGACAGUGCUGGAGGAAGAGAACAAGGGCCUGGCAUCCGAGUCGUUGUUCUUGAAGAGAAAGGCUGCUGAGCUGGCGAGGUGCGUUCUGAAGGCAAGGGAGGAUCACAGGGUCUGCAUGCUGAGCCGGAAGAUUGAGGAUCUUCAGGGGCAGAUUUACGGUUUGGAAAAGAGGAACAAGGAGUAUUAUGAGCAGCUCGUGAUGAAACGGCAAGGGGAGGAUUUGUCUUUGUCUUUGUCAUUGUCUUCUAAGGGGAGGAGGAAGAAGGGUGGUGGGGGGGAGGUUGAGUUGGAGGACUGCUUUCGUGUUGGUGCUGGUGGUCUUGGCAAGUGCUUUAGCUUUCAGAAAAAAAAGGUUGGUGAUCGGGACGAAAAUGGCAGAAUGAGGCUCUCUACCAGUAAGUUGUGGGAUAUGAUCAAGAAAUUUGAUUUGCUCCAUUGUGGCCCUCACUUUGAUUCUACUGCUUCCUGA